AUGGCGGCAGAAGAACUGGAAGACGACAACACGACAGCCGUUGUUGAGGGUGAGGGCGCCGAGGGUGAAGAGCCCCAGAAGCUGUCGCUCGACGUCAACAUCGCCAAGCCCAGCGCUUGCGAGCGGCGGAUCACCGUCACGGUUUCGCGCGAAGACAUUGACCGCUACAUGGACAAUGCCUUCAGCGAACUGAUGCCCAGCGCCAGCGUGCCGGGCUUCCGGGUCGGCCGCGCGCCGCGGAAGAUCGUGGUCCAGAAGUUCAAGGACCAGAUCGCCGACCAGGUGAAGGGCUCGCUCCUGAUGGACAGCCUCGGUCAGGUCGCCGAGGACGAGAAGUUCGCCGCGAUCAGCGAGCCGGACCUCGACCUCGAAGCCGUCGAGAUCCCCGACGAAGGCCCGCUGACGUUCGAGUUCAGCAUCGAGGUCCGCCCCGAGUUCGACCUCCCCAAGUGGAAGGGUCUCAAGCUCAAGCAGCCCGUCCACAAGUUCGGCCCCGAGGACAUCGAUAGCCAGAUCGAGCAGAUGCUCGCCAAGUACGGACAGCUCGUCCCCAAGGACGGCGCCGCCGAGGAAGGCGACUAUCUGGUGAUCACGCUCCGUGGCCUCGCUGACGGCAAGGAAAUCUCCAAGGACGAAGAACGCGUCGUCCGUCUCCGCAAGACGCUCAGCUUCGUCGAUGGCCGCGUCGAAGACUUCCUCGCCCUGGCCAAGGGGGCGAAGGAAGGCGACAAGCUCACCGCCGAGGUGAAGCUCUCCGGCAGCGCCCCCAACGAAGAGCUGCGCGGCAAGCCGGUCACGCUCGAGAUCGAGGUGCUCGAAGUCAAGCAGCUCCGCCUCCCGGAACUCGACGAGGAUUUCCUCGCCGAAAUCGGCGGCUUCAAGACCGAGGGCGACUUCCGCGACGCG